AUGCCAGCUUCCUCAUCAGAGGCAAGGGCAAGGUGGAGAAAGCGGAAAAGGGAGCAACGGGCUGCACGUAAAUCCAAGCUGAAAGAACUCGAGAAUAAUGAUGACACGCUCGAGGAAAAUGAGGAUGAGGAAGACCCUGAUCUGGACCCACCACAGAACCAUCUAGAAACUGAAGAUGUUCCACACAAAGUAAACCAGAUUUCCCGAGAGAAAGAGAGAGAAAAUCUAGCCGAUGGCGGGCUGAGAAUUUGUGAGUUCCCAAUUGCGGUCAAAAGGGUGGUGAAUAGGGCUCACUCGUCUGUCUUCCGAAUUGUUGAGACCGAGAGGGCUGCAAGGAAUGGAGAAAACGGAGGGCAAGGACAACCUGGCGUGCCCGUUUUGGAAAAUAUUUCCUAUGGGCAGCUGCAGGCACUCUCUGCUGUGCCUCGUGACAGCAGUGCUUUGUUGGGGGUCUUUUUGGAUGAGACUGAAAACGGGUCAGUAGUCAUCGCGCCACCUAAGAUAGUUGCGGGCAGUGGUGUUUCUAAACGGCUCGGGAGUGCGGGUCGUGUCCAUAUCGUGCCAGUACAUUCAGAAUGGUUCUUGCCGAAUUCCGUGCAUAGAUUGGAGAGACAAGUGGUCCCACACUUUUUCUCCGGAAAUUCUAUCGAGCACACCCCGGAAAAAUACGUGGAAAAUCGCAAUCUCAUCGUUGCAAAGUACAUGGAAAACCCAGAAAAGCACUUAACUAUUGCCGAUUGCCACGAACUAGUUUCUGGUAUAGAUACCAACGAUUUAGCCCGAAUCAUACGUUUUCUUGAUCACUGGGGAAUUAUCAACUACUGUGCGAAUCCUCUUAAGCACGAGGCCCAUAAGGAAGGGACAUAUUUAUGUGAGGAUGCUAAUGGAGAACUCUGCGUGCCCUCUACUGCUUUGAAAUCUAUCGACAGUUUAAUCCAGUUUGAAAAGCCCAAGUGCAGGCUUAAGGCUUGCGAAGCUUAUCCAGAACUUGCAUGCAGAAGUGAACCGGACACUGACUUUGACUUUACUAUCAGAGAGAAAUUGUCUGAACAUGAGUGCCGUUUUUGUGCUCGGCGUAUUCCCACGAUGUUCUAUCAGUCUCAGAAAGAGGUUGAUGUUGUGUUGUGCCUGGAUUGCUAUAACGAGGGAAGAUUUGUUGCGGGCCAUUCUAGCCUCGACUUUUCCAAAAUUAACUCCAUGAGCGAUUAUGGAGAUGCAGAUGGGGAUAGUUGGACUGACCAGGAGACUUUACUGCUGCUAGAAGGAUUGCAAUUGCACAACGAUAACUGGAAUAAAAUUGCAGAGCAUGUAGGCUCGAAAUCGAAAGCACAAUGCAUUGUGCAUUUUGUACAACUGCCUUUGGAUGGUGCUUCGUUGGAGAAUAUCGAUGUUGAAAGUACAUCCGGGUCAUCCAACUUGUUGGGCCAAGAUGAUGGUCACGAGAGAUGCGAAUCGAAUUCCAACGGGUUUGGCGAGCAAUCAGAUGAUCUGGAAAGCAAAUUUCCUUUUGCGAAAUCCGAAAAUCCUGUGAUGAAUCUGGUAGCAUUUCUUGCUUCUACACUCGGGCCAAGAGUUGCUGCUGCAUGUGCUCAUACAUCUUUAGCAUCGUUAUGCAAAGAUGACAGUAAGGAAGGGAACCCACGUGGCGAGAUUACGAAUUCUAAUAAUAAAGGUUCCGGAAGCCAAAAUGACGAGCAGACUGUUAGUUUAUCUGCUGAAAAAGUGAAGGCGGCUGCAAAAGAUGGUCUUGCAGCUGCUGCUGUGAAGGCAAAGCUUUUUGCCGAUCACGAAGAGCGUGAAAUCCAGAGGUUAUCUGCUAAUAUCGUAAAUCAUCAGCUGAAGAGAUUGGAGUUGAAGCUAAAACAGUUUGCCGAAAUCGAGACGCUGCUAAUGCGAGAAUGCGAACAGAUGGAGAGAACAAGGCAGAGAAUUGCUUCCGAGCGGGCCCUCAUGUCCUCGGCCCAAUUCGUGCCCGGAGGAGCAUCCUGGCCCAUGGGCCCACCGAGCGCCGGCCUGCUAACGCCAGGGAACAGCAGCAGCCAGCAGCAAGUCCACAUGCAUACGAACAUGCACCACCAACAGGGAAUCUUUAGGCCCGGCCCAAGAUUCCCUCUUUCGGCCAUGCAACCAUCAGCAUCAGCAUCUAAUUCAAAUUUCAACCCUCCUUCGAACUCACAGCCUGCCCGAUGCUUAGGCCCGUGA